UACCAUAACUUAGACAGAAUUUUCAACGAGAAAUAAAUGGGAAACCUUACAACAUCUAUUAAUUGUCUUCUCAUAAUGCUCUUGUGCCUGUGUAAACAAAUUUAGGGAAAGAAGAUGAGGGCAGGAGCCCAAAAACUUAGAAGGCCACUACAAAAGACAGAACUGAAGCAAGCAACUCACAAAUGAAGAUACAGAGAAGUAAGAAGACAUAACUUGGAAGUUAAAGAGAACAAAAUCUAUCUCGAAUAACAGCAAGGUAACUCUUCAAAUUCUUUUGUGUUUGAGAAGCUGGUACCAGCAUAAACCAAAGGAAAAGGCCAAACAAGACAAUCUUUGUAAUCCAUGAGCUUCAGGAAAAUACUGAAGUGAUCCAUCUGCCAACGUUUGUAGAUGGUUGCAUGAAAAACAGAAAAGAUUUCGGUCAGAUUUUAAUAAAAUAAAUCACUAUCACAUAUAACCAACCACAACCAACUAUCCACAAAAACAGAGCAAUUGAAGCUAACCAAAAAAAAAGGCAAAUUAAAUUAGAAGGCUUUCUUAGUCUUCCUUUCAGUUGGGCUCUGAAGUAGUUGAAUUUCCAUGGCUACUUAUGGGAGUUCUAUUUCAGGGUUGUGUGACCAUGAUCUCAGGAACCUCUCCUGAGGGAGCUGUGCUGCAGUUCUUUUUUGGAAAAAACCCAAGUCACAGUUUAAAUAUUUGUUUGAUCUCAGCCAUCCAAUUGAGAUAAUAAGGCGUGUCGUCUCUUCCUGCUCUUGACUAAUUCCUUCCAUUUUUUGUUGGAUAAGUUUUUCUGCCUUUCAAAAUCUGUUAAAAAUGACCAUACUCAUGUGGACUUCUAAGAAACACAUGUCCCUCUUCUUUCUCCCAACCAUCAAAACCGAGAAAAAAGAAACAAAAAUUCGGGGUUGUAUUUGGUUUUUUUUGGCAAAGGAUUUGUUAGUUGUUGAGACUUGGUAGACGAAGGAGGACCGUAUUUGUUCUCAGGAAUCCAAUCUAGCCAUUUUUUUUUUCAUUUUCCUCUGUUACUCUUCCACUUCCCCUCCUCCUAAUCCGUUAUUGCCCCACUCCCAUACAACGCGGGGUGGGGGGCUGGACCCUUUUGACACCGGAAAUAAUGAGGAGGAGAACUCAUCGCCACCGUCACCAUCAUCUUCCAUAGCCAUCCUCUCCUUCUUCUUCUUCUUUAUCAUUGUUGUUGUCGUCAUCAUCAAUUUCAACAUCAAUGGCGGCAAUGGCUCAGCUCCUCAUCCCAGUUGCUUUCUACAUUUCCUUUUUAUAUCUCUCUAUGAAUUCCAUUGUCGUCAUAGUCGACUCUGCCGCCUCCGUCCCUUUCACACCAGGAGACAGUUACCUGAUCGAUUGCGGUUCUUCUGCCACCUCCAACCUCCACAACGGUAAGACCUUCAAGUCAGACAAGCAAUCUGCUUCUUACCUUUCCACCAAGAGCGAUCUCCAGGUAGCCGUCCCCAACGGCGAUGUGCCUUCCCCUAUUUAUUUGACUGCCAGGAUCUUCGUCGAGGAAUCCACCUAUGUCUUCCGCAUGGUCCGUCCUGGUUGGCAUUGGAUCCGUCUCCAUUUCUUCCCUGUGGACAACCCCGAAUUCGAUCUUACCCACUCUGUUUUCUCCGUGGAGACAGAUGAUGUUGUCCUCCUCCACAGCUUUAGUAUCACCAACAAAACCCAAUGGGCUAUGAAGGAGUACCUCCUCAAUGUCACCACUGAGCACCUUACCCUCAAGUUCUCGCCAUUAAAAAACUCUGCCGCCUUCAUCAAUGCCAUCGAAGUUGUCUCUGCACCCGACAGUCUCAUCACCGACGUGGGCACCUCCCUCGUCCCCGUUGCCGAGUUCUCCGGCCUCUCCACCCACUCCUACCAAACCGUGUACCGCCUCAACAUGGGCGGCGCCACCAUCACUCCCAAUAACGAUACCCUCGGACGUACCUGGGACCCCGACCUCCCCUUCCUCAUGGCUAGGGGCCUCGCCAAGACCGUUUCCGUCUCUCCCAGCAUCAUCACCUACCCCGACGGCGUCUCCCCCUUGAUCGCACCCAACUUGGUUUAUGCGAGCGCCACCGAGAUGGCCGAUGCCCGUGUGACGAAUCCAAACUUUAACGUCACCUGGAGAUUUGACAUCGAUCCCGCAUUUGGCUACCUUCUCCGCCUCCACUUCUGCGACAUUGUCAGCAAGUCCCUCAAUGACCUCUACUUCAACGUCUACAUCAACGGCAAAAUGGCCAUCUCCGGCCUAGACUUGUCUACCCUCACCACCGACCUUGCUGUUCCUUACUAUAAGGACAUCGUCGCCAACGCCUCUGCUCUGUCGGAGAAGCUGAUGAUCCAAAUUGGCCCUUUCAAAGAGGACACUGGUUCCGUCAAUGCCAUCCUCAAUGGGUUGGAGGUUCUAAAGAUGAGCAAUUCUGUGGCGAGCUUGGAUGGCGAGUUUGGGGUGGACGGAACCAAGCUUUCCUCCUCGGGGACGUCCCGGAAGACUGUUGCAGCGGUUGGGUUUGCCAUGAUGUUCGGAGCGUUCGUGGGGUUGGGCGCAAUGGUAAUCAAGUGGUACAAGAGACCCCAAGACUGGGAGAGGAGGAACAGCUUCUCGUCAUGGCUGCUACCACUCCAUGCCGGCCACUCCAGCUUCAUGUCCGGUAGCAAGAAUUCGGGUGGAUCCCAAAAAAGUGGGUACGGCAAUCUCUACUCCUCCACUUUGGGAUUGGGUCGCUACUUCUCCUUCGCGGAGCUCCAAGAGGCGACGAAGAACUUCGAUGAGAAAGAAGUGAUCGGUGUGGGAGGAUUCGGAAACGUCUAUUUAGGAACAAUUGACGAUGGGACCUUGGUGGCUGUGAAGCGAGGGAACCCUCAAUCAGAACAGGGGAUCACAGAAUUCCAGACGGAGAUUCAAAUGCUUUCGAAACUACGGCAUAGGCAUCUAGUGUCCCUGAUCGGCUACUGUGACGAGAACUCGGAGAUGAUAUUGGUUUACGAGUACAUGAAGAACGGCCCAUUAAGAGAUCACCUGUACGGGAAGAACUUGCCGCCGUUGUCAUGGAAACAGAGGUUGGAGGUAAGCAUAGGAGCGGCGAGAGGGCUACAUUACCUGCACACAGGAGCGGCGCAAGGGAUCAUACACAGGGAUGUGAAGACCACUAACAUCCUAUUAGAUGAAAACCUAAUCGCCAAAAUGUCGGAUUUCGGGCUAUCGAAGAAUGCACCCACCAUGGAGCAGACCCAUGUAAGCACAGCCGUGAAGGGAAGCUUCGGCUACCUUGACCCAGAGUACUUCAGGAGACAACAGCUGACAGACAAGUCUGAUGUGUACUCAUUUGGGGUGGUACUGUUCGAGGUUCUAUGUGCGAGACCCGCCAUUAAUCCAGCUCUCCCUAGGGAGCAAGUAAACCUGGCAGAAUGGGCAAUGCAGUGGAAGAGAAAGGGGUUACUGGAUAAGGUGAUUGACCCUACCCUAAUUGGGGUGAUCAACCCAGAAUCCAUGAAGAAGUUUGCCGAGGCUGCCGAGAAAUGUUUGGCUGAUUAUGGUGUGGACAGACCAUCCAUGGGAGAUGUUCUGUGGAAUCUGGAAUACGCAUUACAAUUGCAGGAGGCUUCUUCUCAAGCGAAGAUGGACGAAGAAAACAGAGCUGCGGCGGAAGCUGCAACAGCCGCUGCUGCUGCCCCUACGGCGGCUGUCCCACUCCCAACUGCAAACAAUGAACCAGCAGCCGAGGUCCAUGCAAUCACGGAGGAUUCAGGAACUGCAAUGUUUGCUAAGCAACUUACAGAGAUCAAUGGUCGCUAAUUAAUUAAUUAAUUUAUCUAUUAAUCGAUACAAUCAUCCUCCCCUUCGUUCAUUACAUUUGAUGCUGAUAAUUAUUAGUGGAUAAAUAUGGUUCUAACUUUGACAUAAAUGGAAUUGGAUCACUAAAAGGAGUAAGAGCUGAUGGAUGAAUCUGGAUAUGUGUAAUUAUCAUCAAAUUAUAUAGUGUCACUUGUCAUGGUCAUUUAUGCUCUAUUUUUGUUUGAAUACUAUGUUGUUUCCUUUUGUAUGAAUAUGGGUGGGGAAGCAUGGAUUAUGGAAUGUGAUAAGAUGUGUUUUAUUUU